AUGCGUACCGACCCCCGCAUCCGUCAAUCGCUCAACCGCAUUUCCACUUCCAUAGAAUCCGCCUCGGACAACGCCCUCACCUCAUGCUUCACAUUCACAAAGUCCUAUUUGGACCCAUGCCUCAUAUCGCUUUCUACAUGCUGCAUUAUCAAUCAUGAUCGCAAUCACCGUCGGGACCGCCGUGAGUACCCAUUCGGCUUUUAUGACUAUGACGACGAUGAACACGGAAGUUCAUCCACCGGCGGCUUCCUUGGAUGGGGUAACGACGAACUAGAUAGGCUCCUUGCUGGCGGAGGAUCCGGAGGGGGUUAUGGGGGUAAUUCGAAUAGAAUGACUUAUGGUGCUUCUUCAUCAAGCGGCGCCAUAGUCGGGAGUGGGUCCGCCGGCAAGCGGAAAUCGGUCCCGGGGCAUGAUCAAGACCCAACUGUUAUACCCCAAACAUCUAUGUUUGGGUUUCUGACGAGGUGGGCACCUUUUAGGGGGAAAGGUCUACGCUACAAGCCCUCAGCAGCGAACCUCCAAGAACAUCCACAUCGUGGAAACGGACUGUCUGCCGUUCAAGAAGAAGCGGAAGAUGAUCAUGGUAGCAGGGCUACAGGAAUGAGACGGAAACGCAGCGCUACAGGUAGCUCAGGCGACUCCGUAGGCGGGAGUAUGCGGAGUAGGGGUGACCUAUGGCCAAGUGAAGACGACGACGAUGCAAUCCCAAUUGGUGACGAUGUCUUCUUAAGAGGGUCUGACGGCGAAGAAGACGGGUUUCUCGUGUUAGCGCGAAGAGAGCACAGGAAUAAAAAUGCCGAAGAAGAAGAGGAACUGGGAUCAGCGGAGACCAUUGAACCUGGACGUCCGGGACCAGUUGAUGAUGAAGUGUUAAGAAGGGAGGAAGAGGAAGUCAGGAUGCUUGAAGAAGAAGAGCUAGAAAAAAAACGGGAAGCGGCUAAGAGAUUGGCUGUGCAGCGGGGACUCAGUACUGAAGACUACGCUGGUUUAUUGUCCCGCUCACAACAAGAGAUCAAUCCAUCGGCUGUACCACUCCCUGAGACUUUACCAUCUACCAGAGCUCCCUCGCUGGUCGAACAACUGGAUUGCUUCGAACCACCAAUGCCAUCAGCACCGAUGUCAUCCCAACAAGGAUAUUUUGAACCGUCACAGUCGCUACCGCAUGCAAUAACAUCGACACCUAUCACUAGGACCAAUUCUCCGGCCAUUAGAGAUUCAAGUCCUACAUCGGUUGGGUCUCGAACGCCGAUACAGAUUAGGAAAGAGAAAGAAAUUUUGGAGAUACCGACAAUGAUUAUAUUAAUGCCUAAUAGUGAGAGGGAACUUGUCAAGGAAAUUAACGAGGCUGCAAACUCUGGGGUUGUGAUAGGGGAUGUUUGA